CGCGCCGCCAUGGGCAAGAAGAGCAAAGUGGGCAAGAGCCGGCGGGACAAGUUCUACCACCUGGCCAAGGAGACGGGUUUCCGCUCCCGCUCCGCCUUCAAGCUCCUGCAGCUCAACAGGAAGUUCCAGUUCCUGCAGAAGGCCCGGGCGCUGCUGGACCUGUGUGCAGCCCCCGGCGGCUGGUUACAGGUGGCUUCCAAAUUCAUGCCUGUUUCCAGCUUGAUCAUUGGGGUAGAUUUGGUCCCUAUUAAACCCAUUCCCAAUGUGGUCACACUGCAGGAGGACAUCACAACUGAGAAGUGUCGCCAGGCCCUGCGCAAGGAGCUGCAGACGUGGAAGGUGGACGUGGUGCUCAAUGACGGGGCACCCAACGUGGGUGCCAGCUGGGUGCACGAUGCUUACUCCCAAGCCAACUUGACUCUCAUGGCCCUCAAACUGGCCUGCGAAUUCCUGUGCAAAGGAGGCUGGUUCAUCACCAAGGUUUUUCGCUCCCGGGACUACCAGCCUCUCCUCUGGAUCUUCCAGCAGUUCUUCCGCAAGGUCCAGGCCACCAAGCCCCAAGCCUCGCGCAACGAGUCCGCGGAGAUCUUCGUGGUGUGCCAGGGUUAUCAGGCUCCAGACAAAAUUGACAGCAAGUUCUUUGACCCAAAGUAUGCCUUCAAGGAGGUGGAGGUUCAGACCAAGUCUGUGAGCGAGCUGAUCAGCAAGAAGAAGCCGAAGGCAGAAGGCUAUGCCGAUGGUGACACGACCCUGUACCGCCGUUUCACCCUCAUGGACUUCCUCAAGGCUCCCAACCCUGUGGAUUUCCUCUCCAAGGCCAAUGAGAUCACACUAGGGAAUGGUGAGCUGGAGAAUCACAGUGCCACCACGGAGGAGUUGCGGCAGUGCUGCAAGGACAUUCGCGUGCUGGGGCGCAAGGAGCUCAGAGCCCUGCUGAAAUGGAGGACAAAACUGCGACGUUUCCUGGCCAAAAAGCUGAAAGAGCAGGCAAAGGAGCUGGAUAUCAGUCUGAGCUCUGGUGAAGAGGAAGAAGGCCAGGAAGAAGAGAAAACAUCACCAAAAGCCACAGCUGAUGAGGUGUCGAAAGAAGAGGAGGAGGUUGAACUGGCAUUGGCAGAGAUGAAAGCUAAGGAGCUGGCAGAGUUAAAGAGGAAGAAGAAGAAGAUCCUGAAAGAGCAGCGGAAGCAGCGUGAGCGGGUUGAGUUGAAGAUGGACCUCCCUGGUGUCUCCAUUGCUGACGAGGGUGAUACUAGCAUGUUCUCCCUCCAGACUAUCCACAAGACACAGCUGCUGAAUGAGGUGGUGCGGGGGGACAUGGCAUCAGCAGACGCCCUCCUGGAGAUGGGGCCUGCGGACGACGACAUUUGUCUGUCAGAUGCGGGUGAAGCGGACGAUGCGUCCCUGGCCAGUGAUCUGGACCCAGAGGAGCUGGUGGAAAUAGAGGAACGUCAGCGGCGGCUGGAGCGAGAAAGGCGAGAGCAGGGCGCAAAGAGGGUGACUUUUGAAGAGCAAGAGGAGUCAGGAGAAGAGGAGGAAAAUCCACUUCUGGUACCCCUGGAGGAGAAGUCGGUGCUGGAGGAACGGCAGACUAGUUUGUGGUUUGGGAAGGAUGCCUUCGCUGGCAUCGAGGAUGAUGCAGAUGAGGACCUGGAGCUGAGACAGUCACAGAUGCUGGCUGAGAGACAGCACGAGUCUCGUUCAGACAAGGUGAAGGGGAAAGGGCAGAAGAAGGUUCCUCUGGAGGGUGCUGCGACCAAGACCGAGACCGCAGUGGAUGCAAGAGCAGACACUGGUGAAGCACAGGAUGAGGAGAGCAGUGACGAUGACAGCAGCAGCGAUGACGAGAGGCCACCAACAGCAGUGGGGAAGAAACGAGCCCGAAAUGAAUCUGAUGGCUUUGAAGUGGUGCCCAUUGAGGACCCAGUGAAGAGAGCCCGUGUGCUGGACGCAGAGGGCCUGGCGCUCGGCUCGGUCAUCGCCACCUCCAAAAAGGCCAAGCGGGACCUGAUUGACAACUCCUUCAACAGAUAUUCUUUCAAUGAGGAUGAGGGGGAGCUGCCCGAGUGGUUCACGGAGGAGGAGAAGCAGCACCGGCGCAAGCAGAUACCCAUAGACCGGCAGACGGUGGAGGAGUAUCGGCAGCGCUGGCGCCAGAUCAAUGCCCGGCCCAUCAAGAAAGUAGCGGAGGCCAAGGCCCGCAAGAAGCGGCGGAUGCUGAAGAAGAUGGAGCAGAUGAAGAAGAAAGCGGAGGCCGUGGUGAGCACGGUGGAUAUCUCGGAGCGGGAGAAAGUGGCCCAGCUGCGGCGCAUCUACAAGAAGGCCGGUCUGGGCAAGGAGAAGCGGCAGGUCACCUACUUGGUGGCCAAGAAGGGUGUAGGACGACGGGUGCGCCGCCCUCCUGGGGUCAAGGGCCAGUUCAAGGUGGUUGACAGCCGCCUGAAGAAGGAUGUGAGGGCUCAGAAACGCAAAGAGCAGAAGAAGAAGCGCCGUAAGUGAUGGGGGAUGGACUCCGAGCCCAGCAAGGGACUUGGCUACAGGGUGCU